CCUCGAUGGCUGGUGCUCCGUUCCAUGUCGAAGCAUCCCGAUAGAGUGCCAGCAGCCCGCAGCCGCCGAAGGAUGGAAAGCGUUCGACACUGUCACCCCGGUCGGCCGUGCCCGGGCUUUGGCGGCACGGCUUUGCGCUGGCGGGAACGGAUGCGGCAUCUAUAAAAGAUGCCCUCCCUGCUGCCACGCCGAUCGCUCUUGCAUCGCAACAUGAAGGCCAUCUCUGUUCUCCUGGUCCCGGCGCUCCUUGCCGUCUCGGCCAUAUGCGAACACUCCCACACCCCAGUCCUCGGUGGGAAAUGCUGCUCUUCGAGCAACAGCGCCUGUGUGGGGAAUGCCGACUACUAUGCCUGCUGGAAGGACAUUUUCCUCGUCUGCGAUGAAUCAGGCCACUGGCAGAGGCAAAAUACAUGCGGCGAAGAAUGCACACAGAAUCCUCAAUACAGGCAAUUCUGCUCGUAUAACACAGAAGUUAGCGGCAGCUACGGCCAUUCCAUCGGCGAUAUUUGUGAAAAGGGGUCUCCCAACAUCUGCCACGACCAUCAGUAUCUUGAGUGCCAGCAGAAUCCGAACGGCGAAUGGGUGUGGAUCUACCAAAACGACUGCUGAGAAGCAGCGCUGCUGGAUAGACUUGGGCCGGGCAUUGCUUCCGACUCGUGAAUAUAUGUGUUUAUCCUCCAGCAUCCCGAGA